GGGUAAAAUCAAGAGAUUAUAUUAGAGGAGGAGGAGACAUACCAGUGGAAGUUGAAGCGAAUCCUGGAGACCAAACUGGGAGUAUGGGAACGUUAAGCUCAUCAAUUCCCGGGUCGCCGUCGUGGUCAGCUUCACUUCAUCCACCCUCCGCCACAUUACUUUCAGGUUUCAUUCAAAAACCUACUUCUCUUUCAUGGCCUUCUUCGUUUUCCAAGCUCUCAAUCGCCAUUAAACCUCCUCCUUCAACGCACAAUAGAAAUUCUAUCAUUCAAGCAGCCUGGACACGAAGAUCUAGAGGAGAAACUUCAAAAAGACCAAACAGGAAAUCAUGGAAGCAAAGAACAGAUAUGUACAUGAGGCCAUUUGUUUUGGAUGUAUACUUUUCAAGGAGGUUCAUACAUGCCAAAGUGAUGCAUCGAGGAACAAGCAAAGUGGUGUCGGCAGCAAGCACCAAUUGCAAGGAUUUAAGGUAUUCAUUGCCAUCGCCCACUGAUGACAAUGCAUGUCGGAUUAUUGGGAACCUAAUUGCUGAGAGAUGUAAAGAAGCUGAUGUAUUUGUCAUCUCUUACGACCCUCCAAAGAGUGCAAAAAUUGAAGGCAAAAUUGAGAUUGUCAUUGAUGCCAUUAAGGACAAUGGUAUCUUGUUCGUUUAACCUAUCAUAUCCAUCUAAUAACAACCACCAAUGUCUCAA